UUUCCUGGAUACUUGAGCCUAACAGAUGUUAUUCAAGGACAAACUACAGCAAAGCCAGGAGAGUGUCCACCUCAAACAUCUGGAAGCUUGUUUAAUGGGUCCUGUAACCGUGACUCUGACUGUCCCAACGAUGAGAAGUGCUGCGGCAAUGGAAGUGGACAUUACUGUACAGCUCCUUAUACAGUGAAGCCGGGUCAGUGUCCCAAACCGAAGAGCGUUCAAGAAUGUGCUGACCUCUGUUUCCAUGAUGGCCAGUGUCCUGACACACAGAAAUGUUGCCCAACCAUCUGUGGCCAUGUAUGUAGUGAACCAAGUGAUCAGCAAAGUGAUCAGCAAAGUGAUCAGCAAAGUGAUCAGCAAAGUGAUCAGGGUAGUGGUCAGGGAAGCGGCCAGGGUAGUGGUGAAGGUCAGGGUAGUGGUCAAGGAAGCGGUCAGGGAAGCGGCUACGGUCAGGGAAGCGGCUACGGUCAAGGUCAGGGAAGCGGCUACGGUCAAGGUCAGGGAAGCGGCUACGGUCAAGGUCAGGGAAGCGGCCAGGGUAGUGGUGAAGGUCAGGGUAGUGGUCAAGGAAGCGGUCAGGGAAGCGGCUAUGGUCAAGGUCAGGGAAGCGGCUACGGUCAGGGAAGCGGCUACGGUCAAGGUCAGGGAAGCGGCUACGGUCAGGGAAGCGGCUACGGCCAAGGUCAGGGAAGCGGUCAUCAUGGCACUUUUUCUUACCAUCGUCAUCAUCCAAGUCCUGUGGCGAUGGGUGAGCGACGAAGCAGCAGACACGGAUAUGCUGGAAGCUGUAGCCGCAAACCUGCAUGCAGGUGGCUCAGGAUAUUGUUCGUUCCCUCACUGGACCGAAGCAGCAGUGAAGUCCGGCAGCACACUGAGUGA